GAAUGUGCAUGUGUAAAUCUGGAUGGAACGGGUCUAAUUGUCAGGAUGAUAUCAAUGAAUGUGACAUAGACGAUAUUUGCCCGGAUAAUUCUUCAUGUGAAAACAAAUUGGGAAGCUUUGAAUGCAAAUGCAACCUCGGUUAUUCAGAAAAUGAAACUGGCAACUGUGAAAUGUGUGAUAGCAGACAUUACGGCGACAAUUGCAGCAAGGACUGUUCAUGUAGUUUUGAAAAUACCAAUCAUUGUAAUCAUAUCACUGGCUUUUGCAAUUGUCUUCAAGGAUGGAAAGGUGAUAACUGUUCAGUCGACAUUAACGAAUGCGAAAGUAACGAGGAUGUUUGUAAGGAAAAGGUCAAUUCUACCUGCAGCAACACCAUCGGAUCGUAUGAUUGCAAUUGUAUUCCUGGAUUCAAAGAAGAAGAAAAACUUGUGUGAAGAAUGUUUCGGAAGUACAUAUGGUGAAAAUUGCUCGGAAUCUUGCAACUGCAACGCGACCAAUACAGUCAAUGAAAACCAAACAUGUGACAAAGUAACAGGAAGUUGUAAGUGCAAAGAAGGUUGGAAUGGAGACACGUGCAAUGAUGAUGUCAACGAAUGCCAAAAUAAAACAGUGUGUAUCACGACGAACAACACAACAUGUGUUAACACCAUUGGAUCGUUUCUGUGUGACUGCGUGAGAGGAUUUAUAAAGGAUACAGGCGGAAUCUGUGUUGAAGAUGUUCGAGUAACAACUCAAAAACCUGGUAUAUCGUUUGAUCAUACUAUUACGGUUGAUACUGAUUUGCCUUCUGGAACUAAUCUUGAUUCCGCAAACACUUUCAACAGACUGCAACAGGAACUGAAACUGAGCCUACUGGAAUAUUUCAACAGAUAUAUCUCUGCAAUAAUAGACCUUAUUAUCAAUGAUAUACGGUCAGGAAGCAUCAAAGUCGAUUACACUAUUGUGUAUGGUGAGAAAGCGGAAGACGUUGCCUCGAAACUAACGAAAGCGGUUUUGGAUUUGGAACAAGGUGCUGAAAUAUCGUUGUAUGGUGAGAAUGUCACUGCUUCUUCAGAUGUGUAUAAAGAAAUGAAACCGUGCGAAGUUUACAACUUGACAGCUGGAGGUUGUGAUGAGGGUUACCAAUGCAACGCUGAAAAUGGCACUCCUACCUGCAGACCUAUAGAAGAUGAAAGUGAGGUGAACUGGUCAUUGGUCAUUGGACUGUCGGCGGUGGGACUGUUUCUUGUAAUAAUAGUGGCUGUUACUGUCGUUUUCUUGCGACACCUCUCUAGAAGACAGAAAAUAAGGAAACAUAGAACCCCGAGAGUAAGAACUGGCAUGUUCGGUCACAGUCCAUAUGAAAUUGGUCCUGAUGCCCACAAAGUACGAGGGUGGCAAAGAGGUAACUCUGCAGACACUGAAAGUAGGAUUCCAAGCCGGAGAAAUAAAUUAUCUGGGACAUCAAGCUUUUCCUCACACGGAAAUAAUCCUGCUUAUAGCCAACCGUUCCACAUUCCUUGAGCUAGACAAUCUGACUACAACUAUUAAGACUGGUUUUAGACUACCGAUCUUCAGGAGAAAUGGACCUACUCGACAUAUUCUAAUAAAACUUUUGGAUGAAAUCGAUACUUGAUGUCUAACUCUAUCUCAUUAACAAUAAGAACACAACCGUGAAUGUUACUGACAUCAAUAUAUAUCAUAAAUAUAAAUUCUAUAUAUAAUAGACAGUUCUAAUGUUUCUGCGUCAUGACUAUCAAAUUAAGUGGUCAAUGGUUUGGUAUCUGUUGGAUAAACAUCGUUCUGAUUGCAUGUUGUAUGAACAUUAUUCAGAUUGAGAAAUUUGCUUAUUUUCUGUUUAGUGGUUCUUAUCUGUUUAUGCUGCAAUGAAAUGUAUGAUAUAGUUUUAAAGAACACAUUACCCCGGAGUAUCUAACUGUAUGUAGUAUAUGUAAUAAGUAAUUAGUUAUAUGCUUCAGUUUUUCAUGUAUUUCACUAAGUUCAAUUGUUAUACUAAUUGCACUAAACUUUCAUGUCCUUUAAGAUCAUGAAGUACAUCAUUUUUUUAUAAUAAAAUACAGAUUAAACCUAUGCUAGGGCACAUGUUGCACUUUUCAUCAUACACGCUCAUGUAUAUAUUCAGUCGAACCAAGUCUGGUAUUAUGUUGCUUGGUUGCAUUCUUUGCUUCUAAAGGAUAUUUUCACAGAUUUUAUUACUAACUAAUCAUUAUAAUAAUUCAUUCUAACAUUAAAAACUACAUAUUUUCAUACUAAGUCUAAAUAUGUUAGAACUGAAAAAUGUUUAUCAUCGGCAUUUAGGAGGUAUUUGUGAUAAUUCCUGGGCAACGUGUCGCCCAAGUUUAUAUAGGAACUAAUAACAAUGAGUUAUAAUUUUACGUUGUCAAAGAAAAUGCCGACCUGCAGUGGCCUUAUGGAUAAGGCACUUCCUCUUAAUCGAAAGAUUGAAGUUUCGAUCCCUGUCGGCGGCAGGACUUAAAUUGUUGUAAAGGAAGGUCAGAUUUUUAGCCGCCAGCUAGAUUGGUUACCGACUAUCCACCUGCCUCUUGUCUGCCUUUAAAAAAUAGGAAUCUGGAAGUAAUGCUGUAUAAGAUAUGUAGCUGACUCAUUUACCAAUAGCUGGUUCUUUCAGUACUUGUGGCACCAUAAUAAACAGACACUUAACUUGAUUAUGAAACGAGUAAUAAACUGAAACAAUUGCACUUAAUAACAAUGCCUUCUUAUCAAUCCUUAAAACAUUUCUUAUUAAUAACAUGUUAAUUCUUUCUGUAGUUGAAUAAGGUUAUUGGGAAUUAAUAUAUUUUAAUUAGUAUCCUAGAAACGAAGCAGCCCUCAUAUAACAAGCGUGCAAUAUAUUAAUAUUUAUUGAAACGUCUGAUUUGAGCCGUUUAAUUAAGCUAAUGGAUUAUUAUUUAACAGUCAUUAAUUUGUUGAAAAAAUCAUGCUUGAUAACAAGUUAACAUUUUCGUAAACUUUACCACUUUAAAGCAUGUUUAUACAACUUUAAUAUGGUUAAAGCAUCACUGUUUUUCCUUUACUUUUUGUGAGCAAUGUUGAUGAUUUAUCAUUGAUAUAUUAUAUUUGUAAUAAAUUCGUAACAAUUGAUAUGCUAUAUUAUCUGCUAAAUAAAAUAAACGUGUAGCAAUAUUGA